AUGGAGUUAUUGAGGCGGGUUCACGAGGCCGCCCUGCGGCUGUUGCUGCUGCUGAGCCCUCGGGGCGCCGCCUCGGCCCGGGACCCCAAGCCCCGCGCCUCGGAGGUGCUGACCCAGCACCUGCUGCAGCGGCGCCUGCCUCACUGGACCUCGUUCUGCGUCCCCUACAGCGCCGUGCACAACGACCAGUUCGGCCUCUCCCACUUCAACUGGGCGGUGGAGGGAGCCAACUACCACGUUCUGCGCACCGGCUGCUUCCCCUUCAUCAAGUACCACUGUUCCAAGGCGCCCUGGCAGGACCUGGACCGGCAGGAUCAGUUCUUCACAGCGCUCAAAGUCAUCAACCUCGGCAUUCCAACUUUAUUAUAUGGACUUGGCUCCUGGUUAUUUGCCAGAGUCACAGAGACUGUUCAUACCAGUUAUGGACCAAUAACAGUUUAUUUUCUAAAUAAAGAAGAUGAAGGUGCCAUGUACUAACACUGUGCAUUGAAGAGCACAACAGCUAGUGGGUUUUUCUCACGUGUAUAAAAUAUUU